AGUUGUCUUGCCAAGGAACCUUCCACGUCAGCCGCGAGUCGAAGGAGACGAGGCCGUGUGACAUGUACAUACAUGGGAGCGGGCUACAACCAACUCACUUGUGUUCUACACAUUCCACCUACUCGCGCAAGGUGGUUGGAGUUGUUGGAAGGUGAAUACUUGUAGAGAACGGGCUCGUGGAAGGUCGCCCCCUCCCCCCUCCAGCCGCGGUCGCCAUGUCGCACUCGCGUGACAUCGCAUCAAUCACAUCUGCUCGUGACAUCACAUGUUCCGACAACGGCGACCCGGACAAGUCCAUCGAUGUCACCGCCGGACGGUCACAAGCGGCAUCAUUCCUAGCUCUCGGCGACUCAUACACUAUCGGCCAGAGCGUACUUGAGACUGAGCGAUGGCCGGUGGUGCUAGCGAAGCGGCUUCGAUCGUUCGGUAUCGAUCUCCGCCCUCUCCGCAUCGUGGCCAAGACGGGAUGGACAACCGAUGAGCUUUCGGCUGGCAUCGCCCAUGCGACGCAGCGCACACUGUGGGAGCCAUCGUGGGAUCUUGUGUCUCUGUUGAUCGGUGUGAACAACCAGUUCCGGGGACGAAGCGUGGACGACUACCGGGCCGAGUUUGUGGCUCUCCUCGAGACCGCCAUCCAGUUUGCCGGCGGCCUUCCCGACAACGUCAUCGUCAUCUCCAUUCCAGACUGGGGUGUCACGCCUGCAGCAAAGCGGAUGCGUGCCGAUGCCGCCGUCAUCGCCGCUGAAAUCGAUGCCUUCAACGCUGCUGCCGCCGACGAGACUGCUACCGCCGGCGCCCACUGGAUCGACGUCACCGCCAUCUCGCGCAAGGCUGCGUCCGACCUCUCGCUCCUUGCUCGCGACGGCCUCCAUCCCUCGGGCUCGAUGUACUCCGAGUGGGUCGACGUCAUCUUUGACACUGCCGCCGAGAUCACAAGCCGCAGCUCGGCAGUGGUGCGAGCAGACGCAGAAUGAUUGCCCAUCGCGACGCCUUCCGCCUUUCCGAGCGCAUGUGUGCGCAGGGCAUGUAAAGAUUGAUGUGGGUC